GUCUGAGAGGCCAAGGCUACUCAUUCUUAGUGUUCCAUACUAAGGGACACUUUGACUAGGGAGUAAACAUGGGGAGGAGAACUACAUACUUUUUCAUCCUCCAUAUUUCAUGGAUCUUAUGUGAAAAUGUCUUAUCUCUGGUAAGGUUAUGUUGCAUUUAUUUGUUUAUUUAUAUAUUGGUGAAAAUUGAAUAAAUGUCUCAAAGAAAAUGUAGUUUUAGUACUGGUAUUGAAUGGUUUGCUUUGUUAUUGAGAUAUUGUAAUAUGAUUUAUGUUGACCUAAUUUGCAUAUUCAUUUAAUAUUAGUAUAAUGCUUGCCUAAUUUGCAUUGUUACAAUGGUCACUCACUUUCUCUAAACAAUGAUACAUUUUCCCUCUGUUGCUUGUCAGCCUACACCAAGAGUUUUAGGCAAGUGGAGUUUCUUAUUUUUUUUUCAAUAUUUCAAAUUGAAUGUCACCCAUUCAAAGCUCUCAUUUACUGUAUGCCCUUUACAUUUAUUCUACAGAAUACGAUGUGGAUGGUGGAAGGGACCUGGACAUCUUUGAUAUCAAUGAAGGUUUGUCAGUUAGGAUUUUACUUAUGUAUGGCCACAUUUAAUCUCGUUUCUAAUAAAUCAAUGGGAGUUUCAUAGCAAAGUGCUGUGUGUGUGUGCUUGGUCCUUACAGAGGCUGGGUUAAACCUGGUGGAGGGGGAUAUUGAGCUUGAUGAGGUGAGUUAAUAAGUAGGUCUGCUGGUGUUCACUUGAACAAUUACAUGUUAUAUCAAGCAUAGAAAUAGAAUGAUGAGAAUGGGGAAGUUCCAUUGAUUGCAGACCACAGCAAUUUAACUGCACACUCAUGGGCUUGAAUAAUUAUAUUUUUAUGACAUGAACUCACUGCCCAGGCUUAACAGAACUAAUAAUGAUUUAUUCUCAAUUUUUUUGUAAAAUGUAAUCAAUGGCGGACUCAGAAACAAGCCCGGAAUUCUAUAAUAGGGGAUCAAUACAGAUGGCCAAAGACUGUUCCCUACUACUUUGAGGAUGACUUGGGUAAGACCAUAUAGACUUUUUCCACAUUUUGUUACGUUACAGCCUUAUUCGUAAAUUUAUUAAAUUACUUUUUUCCCUCAUCAAUCUACACACAAUACUCCAUAAUUACGAAGCAAAAACCCUUUUUUAGAUUUUUUGGCAAAUGUAUAUAGGCACACACCUGUCUAUAUAAGGUCCCACAGUUGACGGUGCAAGUCAGAGAAAAAACUAAGCCAUGAGGUCCAAGGAAUUGUCCAAAGAGCUCAGAGACAGGAUUGUGUCGAGGCACAGAUCUGGGGAAGGGUACCAAAAAAUGUCAGCAGCAUUGAAGUCCCCAAGAACACAGUGGCCUCCAUCAUUCUUAAAUGGAAGAAGUUUGGAACCAUCAAGACUCUUCCUAGAGCUGGCCGCCCGGCCAAACUGAGCAAUCGGGAAGAAGGGCCUUGGUCAGGGAGGUGACUCUGACAGUGCUCCAGAGUUCCUCUGUGGAGAUGGGAGAACCUUCCAAAAGGACAACCAUCUCUGCAGCACUCCACCAAUCAGGCCUUUAUGGUAGAGUGGCCAGACGGAAGCCUCUCCUCAAUAAAAGGCACAUGACAGCCCGCUUGGUUUGCCAAAAGGCACCUAAAGGACUCUCAGAUCAUGAGAAACAAGAUUGUCUGGUCUGAUGAAACCAAGAUUGAACUCUACGGCAUGGUGGGAGCAUCAUGCUGUGGGGAUGUUUUUCAGCAGCAGGGACUGGGAGAUUAGUCAGGAUCGAGGGAAAGAUGAACGGAGCAAAGUACAGAGAGAUCCUUGAUGAAAACCUGCUCCAGAGCGCUCAGGACCUCAGACUGGGGCAAAGGUACACCUUCCAACAGGACAACAACCCUAAGCACACAGCCAAGACAACGCAGAAGUGGCUUCAGGACAAAUCUCUUUCAUGAGCUGAAAUAAAAGAUCCCAGAAAUGUUCCAUAUGCACAAAAAGUUUUUUUCUCUCAAAUGUUGUGCACAAAUUUGUUUACAUCCCUGUUAGUGAGCAUUUCUCCUUUGCCAAGAUAAUCCAUCCACCUGACAGGUGUGGCAUAUCAAGAAGUUGAUUAAACAGCCUGAUCAUUACACAGGUGCACCUUGUGCAGGGGACAACAAAGGGCCACUCUAAAAUGUGCAGUUUUGUCCUACAUGACAGUGCCACAAAUUACUCAAGUUUUGAGGGAGCGUGCAAUUGGCAUGCUGACUGCAGGAAUGUCCACCAGAGCUGUUGCCAGAUAAUGUAAUUUUUAUUUCUCUACCAUAAGCCGCCUCCAAAGUCGUUUUAGAGAAUUUGGCAGUACGUCCAACCGGCCUCACAACCACAGACCACUUGUAUGGCGUUGUGUGGGCGAGCAGUUUGCUGAUGUCAAUGUUGUGAACAGAGUGCCCCAUGGGGGCGGUGGGGUUAUGAUAUAGGCAGGCAUAAGCUACAGACAACGAACACAAUUGCAUUUUAUCAAUGGCAAUUUGAAUGCACAGAGAUACCAUGAUGAGAUCCUGAGGGGCCAUUGUGGUGCCAUUCAUCUGCUGCCAUCACCUCAUGUUUCAGCAUGAUAACGCACAGCCCCAUGUCGCAAGGAUCUGUACACAAUUCCUGGAAGCUGAAAAUGUCCCAGUUCUUCCAUGGCCUGCAUACUCACCAGACAUGUCACCCAUUGAGCAUGUUUGGGAUGCUCUGGAUCGAUGUAUACUACAACUUCGCACAGCCAUUGAAGAGGAGUGGGACAUCAUUCCACAAUCAACUCUAUGCGAAGGAGAUGUGUUGCACUGCAUGAGGUAAAUUUUACAUUUUAGUCAUUUAGCAGACGCUCUUAUCCAGAGCGACUUACAGUUAGUGCAUACAUUAUUAUUAUUAUUUUUCAUACCCCCCGUGGGAAUCGAACCCACAACCCUGGCGUUGCAAACGCCAUGCUCUACCAACUGAGCUACAUCCCUGCCGGCCAUUCCCUUCCCUACCCUGGACGACGCUGGGCCAAUUGUGCGCCGCCACAUGGGUCUCCCGGUCGCGGCCAGCUACGACAGAGCCUGGAUUCGAACCAGGAUCUCUAGUGCCUUAGACCACUGCGCCACUCGUGAGGCCCGGUGGUCACAAGCACCAGAUACUGACUGGUUUUCUGAUCCACGCCCCUACCUUUUUUAAGGUAUCUGUGAGCAACAGAUGCAUAUCGGUCUUCCCAGUCAUGUGAAAUCGAUAGAUUAGUGCCUAAUACAUUUUUUCAAUUGACUGAUUUCCUUAUAUGAACUGUAACUCAAUCAAAUCUUCAAAUUGUUGGAUGUUGCAUUUAUAUUUUUGUUCAGUAUAAUACACAUAUUAACUUUCUGAGACAUGUUUUUGGUUCUAAAGGUUGACCAUUUAAGAGGGGCAAUACAUGAAUUUAUGCAAUUAUACUAUUUAUGGUCCAUUGCUCAAAAUGGUCCAUGUGGUGUAGCCUUCAAUUGAAUGUGUAAUUUCAUCGUUACAAGAGAUAUCUUCUAUUCACACCACAGAGAUCAAUGCAAAAGGUGUUAUCCUGAAGGCCUUUGAACAGUACCGGCUGAAGACCUGUAUUGACUUCAAACCUUGGGAGGGAGAGCAGAACUACAUUUCCAUUUUCAAAGGGAGCGGGUAAUAUAAGCUGUUAUGGACAGCACUGUUUUUGAUGUUUUUAUUUAUAUUUGUAAUGCUUCUACAUUAUGUUUUUUCAUGAUACUAUGUUCAGUAUCUUGAAAAAACAUAAUGUAGAAGCAUUUCUCUUUGCUUAUUUGAGCUGUUCUUGCCAUAAUAUGGACUUGGUCUUUUACCAAAUAGGGCUAUCUUCUGUAUACCCCCCUACCUUGUCACAAAACAACUGAUUGGCGCAAAUGCAUUAAGAAAGAAAUACAUUCCACAAAUUAACAAGACACACCUGUUAAUUGAAAUGCAUUCCAGGUGACUACCUCAUGAAACUGGUUGAGAGAAUGCCAAGAGUGUGCAACGCUGUCAUAAAGGCAAAGGGUGGCUAUUUGAAGAAUCUCAAAUAUAAAAUAUAUUUUCAUUUGUUUAACACUUUUUUGGUUACUACAUGAUUCCAUAAGUGUUAUUUAAUAGUUUUGAUGUCUUCGCUAUAUUCUACAAUGUAAAACAUUUUUUAAAUAAAGAAAAACCCUUGAAUGAGUAGGUGUGUCCAAACUUUUGACUGGUAGUGCAUAUCUUUUUUUAUGUUGGAAGGAUGUGCCCUUGGGGAAAAACAGUUAGGCUAUAGUAUAGCCUUUGAGUUUGUAUUGUAUUAAUGCUCAACAAGGUUUUCUGGUUGUCUCUCUUUCAGUUGUUUCUCCUCUGUGGGUAACCGACAUGUGGGGAAACAGAGGUUGUCCAUCGGGACCAACUGUGACCGCAUUGCGACCAUCGAACACGAAUUCCUCCAUGCACUGGGUUUCUGGCAUGAGCAGUCACGGUCGGACCGCGAUGACUACGUCACCAUCAUGUGGGACCGAAUCUCUGAGGGUACUGAACCUCUAAACGUAUGGUAACCCUAACCUUAAUGCUUACCCCUAACACUCUGACCCCAAAAUGUAGGGGUUAGGGUUAUGGCUAAGGUUUGGGUUUGGGUUAGGGUUAGGGUUGUACCAGGUGAGAGCUGUCAAAUACACAAGCAGCUCAUGGCAUUACACCUAAAGCUGACAUUGCCAUUGGCUGCACAGAGUCGCAUUAAGAGAACCAUGCAGCCUUGAUUACAAGUUCGACUGUAAUGUGAGAUGUAAUCUACACCUUGAUUGUUUAGUUAAACGUUUUUCGAUUUGAGUGUCAUUAUUUCUAUAUAGCCUACACUUUCUAGUUCUGAACUUCUAACGCGAGUGGGACGGGUGUGGCUUCAUGACAAUAACCAAACGAGCAGCAGCUCUAAUUUGACAGCUCUAACGCAGUUACACUAGCUAUGCGGGUGUUGGCUAUCGCCGUUUAACCCUUGAUCUGAUUGAAUCUAGGCCUUUCCCACUGGGUAAAAACUGGUUAAAUCAACAUUGUUUCCACGUCAUGAUGUUGAAUCAACGUGGAAAACUUUUAACCUAAAUCCAAUGACAUGGUGACAUUUUUUGUUGAUUUCAUGUUAGUUGAAAAUUCUACCAAAUGUGAAUCAAAACUAGACGUUGAGCUGACGUCUGUUCCCAGUGGGUUGUUUCUGCCUGCAUGUGUAUUUGUCAUCAGAAACAUGGUGAUUGGAAUUCUCGGGACAACAUAUCCUCUAAUUGUCUGGACAAACAGUAAUCUGUUUUCUUACCACAAGCAUAUUACAAUAUGUCAACAUGACAACCAAAAGUCAGAUUAGUGCUAGCCUGACCAAACAGGCCCACCCACAGUGUACACUAGUUGUUUCACACUCAACACACAGUUCAUUAAUCUUUACCUUUCCCAAGAGCUAUAAGCUAUGUGAUCAGGACAAACAAAUGUCUUAUUGCACUGAUCGCCUGCUUAAUCCUCUCAGACAAACAGGCAAAGGGCACCAUGUAAGCAUCAACGGAAACUUAAAGUGAAAUUUGAGAUUAGGGCAUGAUCUAUCAAGUCAUUAAUAUCAAGUCAUUCAUUUCAUGUAAUUGAAGGUCAAAGAGCAGCGACAUGAUUAAUAAGAUUCCAGUCAGCAUCUUGUCAUCCACAUGAAGCCCUAACCCUACAGAUCUGCCAUCGGAGACAUUCUUUGUCUCGCUGACCUUUAGGGGUUGAAGGCUUAUUACAGUACAUGUCAACUCUGUCAAUUCAGGAGACUAAUUGAAAAUCCAAGGCUAGAUUUGAAGAAGUGAGUAAACUGGCUGAUUUGAAAUGGAAUUAAACCCUCCAACCCGGUUGAACUCUCUCUCUCUCUCUCCCUCACACUCCCCCCCCCCUCCCUCCCUCCAUCCCCAGGUAAGGAACACAACUUCAACACGUACAAUGACACCACGUCCAGUUCUCUGGGUGUCCCCUACGACUACGGUUCCAUGAUGCACUACAGUAAGACUGCGUUCAGGAACGGUACCGAGCCCACAAUCGUCACCAAGAUCCCCGCCUUCGCCGAUGUCAUCGGCCAGCGCAUGGAGUUCAGUGAUAAUGACCUGCUCAAGCUCCGGCGCCUGUACAACUGCAGUAAGACUCAGUCACCUUAGGCCUCUACAACUGCAGUAAGACUCAGUCACUUUAGGCCUUUACAACUGCAGUAAGGCUCAGUCACUUUAGGCCUCUACAACUGCAGUAAGAUUCAGUCACUUAAGGUUCUGCAACUGUAGUAAGACAUAGGCACAUUAGGCUGUACAACUGCAGUAAGACACAGGCCAUGUUCAAGAGCAUCAGUCUGCUCAGUAAGUGAUCAAAAUGACUGUCUGAGCAGACUGACUUAUCUACCAAGUAAGUAGGACAUACUCACAUUGACCUGCUGAUCUACCGAUCUAUUUGAUGGAGGCUGUAAUUCAGUCAAACCCACAGUGCAGGAGACAUCCUUUGCUGGAAUGUCACAUUUGUGUUAUAAAACGCAUAUUUGAAGUACAGUGAUUAGUUAGGUGAUAUGUUCAAAGCAAAACUCCUGUUGAUUUUAAUGAAAGGAGGUCUUUUGGAAAAAGAGGAACAGCAGGAUCUUUCUGCAGUGUGUAUUUGAUUGAGAACCCUAGUGGAUUAUAAAACGUGGUUUGAGAGAAUGGAUGUCCUAACUGCAUGGGUACAUGGUAAACCUAGAUAAAAAGGUUUACAGCAGGUCAAAGUCUUCCUGUGAUUUCUGUUUAGUUGAUGGCGAUUGUAUGUACAGUUGAAGUCGGAUGUUUAAAUACACCUUAGCCAAAUACAUUUAAACUCAGUUUUUCACAAUUCAGGACAUUUAAUCCUAGUAGAAAUUCAAUGUCUUAGGUCAGUUAGGAUUUCCACUUUAUUUUAAGAAUGUGAAAUGUCAGAAUAAUAGUAGAGAGAAUGAUUUAUUUAAGCUUUUAUUUCUUUCAUCACAUUCCCAGUGGGUCAGAAGUUUACAUACACUCAAUUAGUAUUUGGUAGCAUUGCCUUUAAAUUGUUUAACUUGGGUCAAACGUUUCGGGUAGCCUUCCACAAGCUUCCCACAAUAAGUUGAGUGAAUUUUGGCACAUUCCUCCUGACAGAGCUGGAGUAACAUAGUCAGGUUUGUAGGCCUCCUUGCUCGCACAUGCUUUUUCAGUUAUGCCCACAAAUGUUCUAUAGGUUUGAGGUCAGGGCUUUGUGAUGGCCACUCCAAUACCUUGACUUUGUUGUCCUUAAGCCAUUUUGCCACAACUUUGGAAGUACGCUUGGGGUCAUUGUCCAUUUGGAAGACCCAUUUGCGACCAAGCUUUAACUUCCUGACUGAUGUCUUGAGAUGUUGCUUCAAUAUGUCCACAUACUUUUCCUUCCUCAUGAUGCCAUCUAUUUUGUGAAGUGCACCAGUCCCUCCUGCAGCAAAGCACCCCCACAGCAUGAUGCUGCCACCCCCGUGCUUCACAGUUGGGAUGGUGUUCUUCGGCUUGCAAACAUAACAAUGGUCGUUAUGGCCAAACAGUUCUAUUUUUGUUUCAUCAGACCAGAGGACAUUUCUCCAAAAAGUAUGAUCUUUGUCCCCAUGUGCAGUUGCAAACCGUAGUCUGGCUUUUUUAUGGUGGUUUUGGAGCAGUGGCUUCUUCCUUGCUGAGCGACCUUUCAGGUUAUGUCGAUAUAGGACUUGUUUAACUGUGUAUAUACAUACUUUUGUACCUGUUUCCUCCAGCAUUUUCACAAGGUCCUUUGCUGUUGUUCUGGGAUUGAUUUGCACUUUUCGCACCAAAGUACAUUCACCUCUAGGAGACAGAAUGCGUCUCCUUCCUGAGCGGUAUGACGGCUGCGUGGUCCCAUGGUGUUUAUACUUGCGUACUUGUGGAAAUUGCUCCCAAGGAUGAACCAGACUUGUGGAGGUCUACCAUUUUUUUUCUGAGGUCUUGGCUGAUUUCUUUUGAUUAUCCCAUGAUGUCAAGCAAAGAGGCACUGAGUUUGAAGGUAGGCCUUGAAAUACAUCCACAGGUACACGUCCAAUUGACUCAAAUGAUGUCAAUUAGCCUAUCAGAAGCAUCUAAAGCCAUGACAUCAUUUUCUGGAAUUUUCCAAGCUGUUUAAAGGCACAGUCAACUUAGUGUAUGUAAACUUCUGACCCACUAGAAUUGUGAUACAGUGAAUUAUACGUGAAAUAAUCUGUCAGUAAACAAUUGUUGGAAAAAUGACUUGUGUCAUGCACAAAGUAGAUGUCCUAAACGACUUGCCCAAACUAUAGCUUGGUUAACAAGAAAUGUGUGGGGUGGUUGAAAAACGAGUUUUAAUGACUCCAACCUAAGUGUAUGUAACCUUCCGACUUCAACUGUAUGUGUCCUUUGAUCCAGCACGCUCCUCCACUUUCCUGGACACCUGUGACUUUGAGAGGGAGAACAUCUGUGGUAUGAUCCAAGGGCCGGGGGACCAGGCAGAAUGGACCAGGGUGAUCCAGGUGCCCGGCGGGCCCAACACGGACUACUCCAACAUGGGCAAAUGCACUGGUGAGCACACCCUCAGUACACACCAACCACAAAACAACACUUUCAACCUUCCAUCCUCAGGACCUGACAGGGCAGAUCACUAUCAGCUCUAUUCUUAUCUUACAGUCCAAAGGGUGAUCAAAGGUCCUGCAGAGUAAAUUUUUGUGUUAUAAACACUGCAGUUACAAAUAAGACCUAGAGUUUUCCCUGACUACUUUAACUAGUCAGGAAAAUUCUGAGCCAUAGUUAUAGGCUCAAGUUAUAGGCUGGCCCUACUUAAUAAUCCAAAGGAAAAUGUUUACUGAUGUCCAUUGUCCACAGGCUCAGGCUACUUCAUGCACUUUAGCACUGCGACAGGCAGACCAGCAGACACAGCCAGGCUGGAGAGCAGACUGCUCUACCCCAAGAGAGGCUACCAGUGCCUGCAGUUCUUCCUCUACAACGGUGGUGGCGCCAACGAUCAGCUGGUGAUCCUUGUCCGAGAGUACGACGAAGCCCACCCCAACGGGACCCUGCGUGUUAUUCAGCCCAUAUUUGGUAACAUCUCUAACAUACUGUAUCUAACAUAGCUAACAUCUCUAACAUCAACCUAUUGACAUUCAAAUCAUUAAUCUGUUAUUAGUUUAGACCCAUCAUAUUGGUUUUUCUUAACCUGUAUAAUGUAUAUAACAUAUAAUAUACUGUAAAUUCUACACAACAAUAUGCUCUGUACUGUAUUUAUAAACUUAAUGGUUUCCCCUUUCUCGCAGCACCACCUCAAGAUCUAUGGCAACUGCACCACGUGAGCCUGAACGUGGCCAAGAAGUUCCGGGUGGUGUUCGAGGGCAUCAAGGGUGACGCCCCCUCCACAGGUGGUCUCUCCCUGGAUGACAUCAACCUCUCCGAGACUACCUGCCCCGACCACGUGUGGCGGGUGAAGAACUUCAGCCACGUCAUGGAGACCACUCCUAACAACAAACCCAUCUACAGCCCCCCGUUCAAGUCCAGAGAGGGCUACACCUUCCAGAUGGGGCUCUACCCCAGUGGGAAGGAGGGCUACCCGGGGGAGCUUUCUGCCUACGCCCACCUGGUGACCAUGACCGGUGACACGGAGGUGCGGAAGUGGCCGUGCCCGUGGAAACAGAUGACCAUGAUGCUGUUUGACCAGAACCCAGACAUCAUGAGGCGUAUGAACAACCAGCGCAGUGUCACCACCGAUCCUACUAAGAAACUCAAUGGUCAGUCCAGGGCCAGUAUUCAUUAAGCAUCUUAGAGUGGGAGUGUUGAUCUAGGAUUCAUUAUUAUCUGAAAGGCUAAACUGAUUCUAGGUCAGUACCCUCUGAAAUGCCUAAUAUGGACCAAGACAAGUGCAGAACGAUUUGAGACCCAGGGAUUUCCUUUAACAUAUGGAGUUAUAUUCCAUUGACAAAUUAAUGGAAUUACCAUUAUUUACUGAGAUGUUCCACCUGGUUUUGCAUUGACUUAAAGUAGCAGUCUUCUUAUUUCAUAGAUGAAGUCAUGUACUUUCAGAGACUUCAGAGCUGUUCUUCUGGGAUGACCCUCUUAAGGUGGGCGUUGAAGUGUCAGAGGCGGACGGGACCAAAUAUUUUCGUGGGCCGGGUGCCGGGACAACCGCAUACCUCACCCAUGGCAGGGCCAAGAGCAGGGACUUCAUCAAGGGGGGAGAUGCCAUCUUCCUGCUUACCAUGGAGGGUAAGAAGUUCUGAAAAGUUACCCUGUCCCAGAUCUGUUUGUGCUGUAUUGCCAACUCCUAUGGUCAGUCAUGACUAAAGCUAGCCUGGUUCCAGAUCUGUUUGGUCAUUGUCGCGUUUGACACAAUCACACAAACAGAUCUGGGACCAGGCUACUGAAAAUACCCUUUUAUCAAAAACAUGCUAAAAGCAUUCUCUACAUUCUCUCAAAGCAUGAUACAUUGUCUCUAUGUUUUGCAUAACCAUGUUCAAAUAUACCCACCAGUGGGGGCUGCUGAGGGGAGGACGGCUCAUAAUAAUGGCUGGAAUGGAGCGAAUGGAAUGGCAUCAAACCAUGUGUUUUGACGUUUUGAUACAAUUUCACUCAUUCCGCUACAGCCAUAACCACAAGCCUGUCCUCCCCAAUUAAGGUGCCACCAACCUCCUGUGGAUCCCACCAUUCAUAUCUCAUUAAGGCCUAGAUUCAAUCAGAUCAAGUGUUAACUCGCGAUAGCCGACACCCGCAUAGCUGGUGUUUCGGCGGGUUCAGAUGUGUAACUGCGUUAGAGCUGUCAAAUCGUGAGCGGCUGCUCGUGUGGUUAUUGUCAUGAAGCCACACCUGUCCCACUCGUAUUAGAAGUUCAGAAUGAGAUAGUGUAGGCUAUAUAGAAAUAAUGACACUCAAAUUGAGCAUCAUAAAAAAAAAAAAAAGGAUUUCUAUCAGCAUAAUCAAGGAUUAGAUAACAUCUCACAUUCUAGUGCGAACUUGUAAAUAAGGUUGCAUGGGAUUUCUCUUAAUGCAACUCCGUGCAGCCAAUGGCAAUGUCCGCUUUAGGUAUAAUGCCAGGAGCCACUUGUGGAUUUGACAGCUCUAAUGCAGUUCCACCUACGACAGCGCCAAAACAACCGCUAUGCGGUGGGUCAGCUAGCCCUUACACUGCCUUGUUGAUUAUCAUCACACUCAUUCAAAUACGAUCAUGGGUUGUGGUUUUCCAUCUAUUUAAAGGUAGACUUUGGGCAUUAAAAAAAUCUAAAAUAAUGGCUUUAAACUGUAUAAUUGAUCAACCAACAUCAUACAAGGGCAUUUCAUGCUUAAACCCUCAAAAAAGUUAUGAAUAAGAUAUUUGGCUACAGAAGUGCCAUUUCUUACCAGAUCUCUACAGCUUCCGUCCAAAAACAAAUCCUGUGAAAUAAAGUCAACACAUACUGGAGGAGUUACUGGCUAGCUACAAGUGGCUAGCUUAGCUAACGAACUAGCUACGCUGGUCGCGGUGCACAUGACCAGAAUGACACAUCGAUGAACCACCAAAGGAACACCCCAUUUCUGUUUGAAAAUUGAGAAAGGGGCGGAGUUGGACCGUUUUUCGUGGACAAAGUCUACCGUGAUGUCCACAUCACGUGAUUCAUUACUAAUUCACACCCAUUCGCCAUUUCUAUAAUCAAUCAUGCUAUCCAAUCCAAUCCCAUCCCAGUGUCUGUAGGCCAACAUUCAUUUCUAUGUUAGUACUGUAUGUGUACCUCCUCAUCUCAUUCUCAUUAGUAUUUGAUACACUGCUGAUUUUGCAGAUUUUCCUACUUACAAAGCAUGUAGAGGUCUGUAAUUUUUUAUCAUAGGUACACUUCAACUGUGAGAGACGGAAUCUAAAACAAAAAUCCAGAAAAUCACAUUGUACGAUUUUUAAGUAAUUAAUUUGCAUUUUAUUGCAUGACAUAAGUAUUUGAUACUUCAGAAAAGCAGAACUUAAUAUUUGGUACAGAAACCUUUGUUUGCAAUUACAGAGAUAAUAUGUUUCCUGUAGGUCUUGACCAGGUUUGCACACACUGCAGCAGGGAUUUUGGCCCACUCCUCCAUACAGACCUUUUCCAGAUCCUUCAGGUUUUGGGGCUGUCGCUGGGCAAUACAGACUUUCAGCUCCCUCCAAAGAUUUUCUAUUGGGUUCAGGUCUGGAGACUGGCUAGGGCACUCCAGGACCUUGAGAUGCUUCUUACGGAGACACUCCUUAGUUGCCCUGGCUGUGUGUUUCGGGUCGUUGUCAUGCUGGAAGACCCAGCCAUGACCCAUCUUCAAUGCUCUUACUGAGGGAAGGAGGUUGUUGGCCAAGAUCUCACGAUACAUGGCCCCAUCCCUCCUCCCCUCAAUACGGUGCAGUCGUCCUGUCCCCUUUGCAGAAAAGCAUCCCCAAAGAAUGAUGUUUCCACCUCCAUGCUUCACGAUUGGGAUGGUGUUCUUGGGGUUGUACUCAUCCUUCUUCUUCCUCCAAACACGAUGAGUGGAGUUUAGACCAAAAAGUUCUAUUUUUGUCUCAUCAGACCACAUGACCUUCUCCCAUUCCUCCUCUGGAUCAUCCUGAUGGUCAUUGGCAAACUUCAGACGGGCCUGGACAUGCGCUGGCUUGAGCAGGGGGACCUUGCGUGCGCUGAAGGAUUUUAAUCCAUGACGGCGUAGUGUGUUACUAAGGGUUUUCUUUGAGACUGUGGUCCCAGCUCUCUUCAGGUCAUUGACCAGGUCCUGCCGUGUAGUUCUGGGCUGAUCCCUCACCUUCCUCAUGAUCAUUGAUGCCCCACUAGGUGAGAUCUUGCAUGGAGCCCCAGACCGAGGGUGAUUGACCGUCAUCUUGAACUUCUUCCAUUUUCGAAUAAUUGCGCCAACAGUUGUUGCCUUCUCACCAAGCUGCUUGCCUAUUGUCCUGUAGCCCAUCCCAUCCUUGUGCAGGUCUACAAUUUUAUCCCUGAUGUGCUUGCACAGCUCUCUGGUCUUGGCCAUUGUGGAGAGGUUGGAGUCUGUUUGAUUGAGUGUGUGGACAGGUGUCAUUUAUACAGGUAACGAGUUCAAUCAGGUGCAGUUAACACAGGAAAUGAGUGGAGAACAGGAGGGCUUCUUAAAGAAAAACUAACAGGUCUGUGAGAGCCGGAAUUCUUACUGGUUGGUAGGUGAUCAAAUACUUAUGUCAUGCAAUAAAAUGCAACUUAAUUACUUAAAAAUCAUACAAUGUGAUUUUCUGGAUUUUUGUUUUAGAUUCCGUCUCUCACAGUUGAAGUGUACCUAUGAUAAAAAUGACAGACCUCUACAUGCUUUGUAAGUAGCAAAACCUGCAAAAUCAGCAGUGUAUCAAAUACUUGUUCUCCCCACUGUAUGCCCCCUCCCCCCUAUCUCUGUAACUGUCUUCAGAUGUGUCACAUCUUACGGUGACCCAGCCCGUACCCUCCUCCACCAUGCCACCAGUCACCACGAUUACCACCGCCAUAUUGCCACCUACUGACCCCUGCACUAAGGUCACAUGUGGGAAUGAGGGAGUCUGUGUGGUGGAUGCAGAAAAUGCUGUUUGCAGGUGAGGACACUUUAUUAUCGAGGCUUGUGGUUUACACAAUACAAUGGUCUGAAAUGCAAUCAUCCAUACUGAAUCAUAUUUAUCUCUAUCUUUCUCUCUCUGUUCUUCUCUCUCUGCAUUGAUAACCACAGCUUGUUUCUCUCCUCUUUUUAUUAUCUUGAUGCAGCUGUGCAGAUCAAAUUAUUCCUUGUUUCCUCAGAAUGCUCAGUCUUACCCUUUCCACAUACACUCAGCCCAGCAGGCAAAACUGGUUGUAAAAGACGAGUGUGGUUAUAACGACAUCAUUACAACCUGUGUAUUGACUCCCUCUUUCUCCCCCUCUAUAUAGGUGUGCAGUGGGUAGAUUGGUGACUCUCUCUCUCGCUCCCUCUCUAGGUGUGCAGUUGGUGAUGACUGGUGGUACUAUGGAGAGAAUUGUCAGUAUCUGGGCUCCACCCAGGACACGAUGACCACAGCACUUAUAGCCUCUUUCUCUGUGCUGGGUGGCAUGUUGGUGGUGACUGCGGUCAGUGUGGUGUGUGUGAAGAGGAAGUACAAGAACAGCGGAGGUGGAGGAGACAGGGGCAUCACCAUGUCCAAUGUCAGCGUCACAGGGAUGUAAUGUGUUUUUUUCCCUGCCAGCACCAAAACUACUCAUGGCCAGCAUUAAGUAGAUGAAGAAGUUUACUGCAAAAGCUACAACUCCUUCAAAUAUAAAAUUACAAAAUAUCUACUGGAAAUUCCACUUAAUGCCUCAUCCCAAUAAUGAUCUGCCUAUCAGCCAUGUAUUUUGAUUAGCCUGUUCAUUUUACUUGAAUUUUCAUUUUUCUUUGUGUAAAUGUAAAGCUCCAAUUAUUUGUUUAUCUGUCUUGAAAAUCUGAUUACUUUUCUUGAGUAAAAUGUUUUUAUUUUAUUUUUAUGUUUAAACAUUUGAAAGGGCGAAGUGUGUUACAAGCCUCCCUUUUUUUAAAUUUAUUUUCUACCUCUCCCGCAGAGGUUAUUUUAGUUUACCUUAAAACAAAACAUCCCAUUGUUUUGUAUUUUCUUGGGUGCAAAUUUUAAAAAAUCAUAAAAGUUUAGAGAGAUAAAUAUGCUAUGAAGUGUACCUACAGUAUUGUUCAGGGCAUAAUUAUGCUACAUUAGUGUUGCUGUCAUGUCAUUUUCAUCAUACCAGAGUCUUAAUCGUUUAAAUGGAGACAAUUAAAUCUGAAAUAUGUUUAAUACGAUUUUUCUUUAGUUGCAGGUGUUAGGGGUAUAACUAUAAUAAUAGUGGUUCUAUGGUUAGUCUGAUAAGAAACAAAUGAGAUGCUAAUAUAAACAUUUUACAAUAUCGACCUCUUCUGGUCAUAAGGUGCACAUACACCUGUAUGAUUUUAGAAUUAGGGCACUAUUCAAUCCGUAGCACUGAAGUUCCGUGUUGUAGCCCGAUUGACAUUUAAAGGCAAUGUUCCUGCGUUAGCAGAGACUGCAUUCACG